GGCUUCUCCGCGCGGUUGAGGCGUCCCGGGUCCCCCUUGGUGUUCUCGGCGCCGGAUAGACUCACGUGGGCCCCCAUGGCCCUCAGCGUGCCAGCACCUGUACCCUCCGGUAGGCCCGGCCGGGACACCUUCUCCCGCCCACCCUGGGCCCUCGCGGGGCUCCGGCGACGCGCGUGUGGCACCGGCCCGGCGCCCUCGCACGAUCUGCGCUCUGCCCCAGGGGCGCUGGGGAGUUUACUCUGGGAGUUUACAUUUCGUUCAGGUACACACACAAAGAAAGCCCCAGGUGCUAGACUGAGCAGGUCCCCCCGGGAGAAGCCAUGACGCGGUGGGCACGAGUUACCACCACGCGCAGCAAGAGGCCCCUGCCUGCCACCUCGUGGGAGCACAUGAAGGAGGGGUUCCCGCAGCAGACGCGCUCAAACGUGCCGAAGGGUCCACAGCCUGGAGCUAGUGGGCUGUCCCUGAAAAAUGGCACACCCCAAGCAAAACAUAAAAAGAACAAGAAAAAGAAAGAGUACUUAAAUGAAGAUGUGAAUGGAUUCAUGGAAUACCUGAGACAGAACUCCCAGGUGGCUCCCACUGGGGAGGUGACAGCCACAGACAGCCUGGAGCUGAGAGACGAAAUUGCCGUUGCUUUAAGGAAAGACAGUCGUCGGGAAGGAAGGCGACUAAAAAGACAAGCAGCCAAGAAAAACGCCAUGGUGUGUUUCCAUUGCAGAAAACCUGGCCAUGGGGUUGCCGAUUGCCCAGCUGCCCUUGAAAACCAAGACAUGGGCACCGGGAUCUGUUACCGCUGUGGGUCCACAGAGCACGAAAUAACCAAGUGCAGGGCGAAGGUGGACCCAGCCCUUGGGGAAUUUCCUUUUGCAAAGUGCUUUGUUUGUGGGGAAAUGGGGCACCUGUCCCGGUCUUGUCCUGACAACCCCAAGGGACUUUAUGCCGAUGGUGGUGGUUGCAAACUUUGUGGCUCAGUGGAACAUCUGAAGAAAGAUUGCCCCAAAAGCCAGCGCUCGGAUAGGACGGUCACCGUUGGCCGCUGGGCAGAGGGAAUGAGUGCAGACUAUGAAGAAGUUGUGGAUGCACCUCAAACGCAGAAACCCAAAACAAAGAUGCCCAAGGUCGUUAAUUUUUAGUAGCGGUAGAUGCUGUCCUUCACGGCCGCCUCACUGUUUCCGGAGCCUGAGCUGGUGCUGCGUGCAGGUCUGAGCUGGCUCCCUCCCUUGCGGCAAGCCGUGCAGGCGCUGGGCAGAUUCACAUGGAGGCGGAGGCCAGGCUGGUUUGCUGGCCUCUGCCCUGCAGCGAGUAAAGCAGUGGCUUCUCUACAAGGACCGCUUCGGGCAGACAGAACUUG